UGCGUGUCUCCAUGACAGGGCGGUGAGUCAUGGCAGAAUACGGGCGGUGGAGCUUUUGAUACGCGGUUAUUUACGUACUGCUUGCUUUUGAUGGACUGAUAAGAUGAUCUCUCAGGUAUGAACAUACCUACAGACAUACAAAUAAGUUAUCCUGUAGAGGAAGCUCACAUGCGGCAUGAAAUGCCAAAUUCGCUUCAAUUGAGCGAGACGCAUCAUGGCCUCCCUUUAAAAUAAGCUUAUGGAUGUCUCCACUGAUCUCACAAUGUUGAAAUCUAGAUUCCGGAGAAGCCUUUAUGCCCUCGUGCCGAGGGAGGAAAAGAAUUACUUCUCAACUGCCGUCAGUCUUCUCGCUCUCCUCACUCCGCUGAAACACUGCCGGAACUAAAGAGAAGCAAGAGACACACAGAGACGCCUUGAAUCGCUCACCACCCAGCGACAAUGGCAUCCAGAAAUGCGCUCCGUCGCGCACUGCUCUACAGUACGUCUCUCCCAGCUCUUCCCCGCAUUUCACCUCGCCCCUACGACCCAUGAUGAUUGCAAGCGCAUCGCAAGGCUUCCACCCAGACAGCCAUCGCUGACCCUAAUAUAUCCAGUCCCGGGCUCAUCGCAGCGCUUCAUCGACAAAUCACGCACAUUAACAGCCGACUGCGUAGCCUACGAUCUGGAAGACAGCGUGACUCCGCACAAGAAAGCGGAAGCUCGUUCCCUGGUGCGGAGAGCUCUCGACCAGCCCGUACCCUCAGGCAUCCGCGAACGAGCAGUCCGCAUCAACUCCGUAGACAGCGGUCUAGCCCUAGCAGACUUAACAGAAGUACUCCAAUCCCCCAAUCUAAGCACAAUCGUCAUCCCGAAAGUAAACUCAGCUUCCGACCUAACAUUCGUCAACGACGUCAUCACCCACACUCUUUCCCAACAGCCUCAGUCUCAAGAUGUUUCCUCUCGACCCCCUAUUUCUCUCCUGGCUCUUGUUGAGUCGGCCAAAUCCCUGACCAACCUGACCCAGAUCUGCGCCUCCACGCCACUCCUUCAGGGCCUGAUUUUCGCCGCUGAGGAUUUCGCCCUCGACCUCAGUCUUACGCGGACCCCCGAUUUGACUGAAUUUCUUUUCGCCCGGUCUAUGAUUGCCACUGCUGCGAGGGCGGCCAAUUUGCCUUCUACUAUUGAUCUUGUCUGUACGACUUAUAAAUCAACUAAGGGCGAUGGGUCCCCCCCUGCUGUUUUAGAAGAAGAAUGUCGUGGUGGCAGGCAGUUGGGAUUCAAUGGGAAGCAGUGUAUCCAUCCUUCUCAGGUGCCGACUGUACAGCAGAUCUUUGGCCCGGAUUCGGAUGAGGUUCAGUGGGCUGUGCGGGUGACUAUUGCAGAUGACAAGGCCGCGGCUGCGGGGCGGGGCGCUUGGACGUUGGAUGGAAAGAUGAUUGAUGUCCCAGUUGCUGAAAAGGCGAGAGCAAUCGUGAAGAAGGCAGAGGCCUGCGGUUUCAAUGUCGAAGAAUUGCGCGCGAAGUGGCGCGACCAGGAGCCUGAGUAAAUAUUACUCUUCGUUCUAACUUCAUACAAUGAUCUUUUUCUGCAAGCCUCACCUACAGCCAGGAAAAGAAACACCAAUGGAUACGU